UGGGUGCGACGUGAUUCUUACACUACGACUCUGGUUUAGCUGUUGUUGUUAUAGUGGUUGUUGUUGUAGUGAGAAGACGAAGAACUCAAGAAGAAGUCCUGGAGAUGAGUCUUGAAAGUCACAGUGCAGUGAUCUAUUGUCAUUGAGUGAAUCGCGAUACUACUUUUAUAUCAAUAUCAAUAAUAUUAUUUAUAUUUAUUUUUUUAAUUUUGUGUUAUUUUAUUAUUUACGUUCAUGUUAAAUCAUUAAUAUGAUCCGCUUAGUAUUCUUCGUUACAGUUCUUAUCAUUUGCCAAAAUACUAAUGGACUUGACCCUAAGAUCGAGGAGGAAGCGCCGAAGAAAAACCACGCGCAUCGCCGAGCGGUUGACGGAUCACGUGGAAACACAUAUUACGAACCGACUGUAGAUGACUCCUUUGACAUUUACGACCCGUACGAUGAAGAGACUGAUUUAUCAAGCUACCGACUCAACGUACCAGGAGAACCGGGAGUAGAUUAUCCGUCUUAUAGGAGGAUUCCACAGACUAGUUUUACAUGCGAGCGUCAAUUUAGAGGAUAUUAUGCGGAUGAAGAAGCUGGAUGUCAGCUCUUUCACGUGUGCGAUGGUAAUUUUUUGGUGUCUUCAUUCCUGUGUCCAAUUGGUUCAACAUUUAGCCAGCGUUACUUGACGUGCGAUUGGUGGAAUAAAGUUGACUGUUCAUCGACAAAGUCAUUUUAUCAGAUUGAAACUUCUUCACCGACGAGUGAAGUUAUUGAUGAUGGUGAUGAGUAUCUGCGCAGGGCUUAUGAAAUGACGAGUCUUCAAUCAUCGGGUAAUGGGGUUUCUGUAGAUCCUCAGGACCCACCAAACGGUGAACUAAUCAAUGAAACUCCAAAUGUCAAUGAUCUGCACAGUUCUGAGCGUUUUUCCGAUUACUCUAAUGAUCAGUCUGGCUUGGAUUAUUCGCAAUACAAAUACAGCUCAAGAUAUUCUAAUUCGGAAUCGGCAAAUCAACGUAAUCGCAACUCACGUUAUUAUUCACAAUCUAGUAAUAAUAAUGAUAACAAUAAUAAUAAUAAUAAUAACAAUGAUAAUUUUAAUAAUAAUAAUAAUAAUAAUAAUGGUGAUGAUGAUGAUGAAUCCUCAAUAAAGAUCCAUACUGUUGGCAGAGAUAGAAAAGAUCAUGUCGAUACGAGAUACAACAAUGACUUUAGACCUUCUUAUGCACCUACAGUACCUACAGUUACGACGACGACACGAAGAUUUUAUUCACCAACGAUUCCUACAAUCGUAAGGUCAACAGCAUCACGUUCAAGGCACGAUUUAGAAUUCGAAAGCUCUGAUCAUUUAUAUUCAGCUAAAGGAAAAAAUCGUGGGAGGAUUACACCAACGAGACCUUCAUCCACGACACCGACACCGACCACAGCUUCUACGACAACAACUACAACUACAACUAGGGAAAGAAUUACGCCUGUAACGCCAGCCAGUGUAAAGACAACUUCACCAUUCGCUGUCGAAGUUCCGACGAUUUUAAAAGACGAUGGAAGUUUUAAAUUGAACAAAAUUUCUUUUCCGCGCCCAGCAAUACGAUUCAGGGCUAAACAAAACGACGAAUCAAUCACUGAAAAAUCUAACGUCUCGGAGUUUUCGACGAUUGAUUUAAAUCCUCUAUCAAGAUACAUUUCUACGGAAAAACCUCCGCAAGUUUCAACUGCCGAAUCAAAUUCAUAUUCAAGAUUUACCACUACGACUACCGAAAAAUCUCAACGGGAUCUAGAAAUUUCAAGCAUUGAAUUUCAUCCUUAUAAUAAUCAUAGUAGUGAAGAACAAUCGGAUGAAUUAAAUUCUUUAGAACUUAAUGACAGAGCCAUUACAAGACCUUCUUCAAGUAUUCUCCCACCAUUUUAUUAUUAUUCAAACGUCGAGCAACAUGACAAUGUAGUGUUUGAAAAAUUUAAAGAAUUAGGAAAUCAUUCGUCAUUAUUAUCAUCUUCAUCUUUAUCUCCGUCAUCUACAACACCGACACCAAAUAUUGUUCAUGUACCGACAACACUUUCCUGGUUCCAAACAACUCUUGAAUCUCCCGUCACUGACGUAAUUCCAUUAUUAAAAAAUGAAAUCGAAACUCAACAGCAGCAGUACACGACUAUUAAAAGUGUCGAAAAAUCAUCAUCUCCAAUAGUAAAUUCAACGGUAAUGGAUCUUCAACGUAAAAUAAUAGAGCCUCCAUCUGUAGUAUUUGAUCCGCCUCUUAUACAUUCACUUAUUGAAAUUAAAAAUUCAACUUAUCCACCUGAAACUUAUGAGUACACAUUAAUUGAUAAUAAAAACAUUCAUAUAAAUACUGCAAGUGAUGACGAGUCUUCAACAAUAUCUGAUAUUUUAUUGUCUAGUUUUAAAGAUAACUCUGCGAAAGAUAGUUUGGAGGUGGAAGACGCCGCUGUCGGUGAAAGUUCUCCGGUUGAAGUGACAUUGACAGUUAAUAAUGGUGAAGAUUUAGAUCCAACUGGUGAACUGAUAAGAAGUCUCAUUGCUCAACACGAUCCCACAUCCUCUGAUUCAAUAAGAGACAUUGAAAUAUCGAGAUCAAAUUCUAGAACUUCUGCUGAUAACUAUCGUAAGAAUAAAGUUCCCACUGUUGACGGCAAAUUAAGGCAGAGACCUAGAACAAGAUCACGAAUUAUUAACGAAACGACAGCUAAUUCAGUUAACCGCAGAAAUAAGUUUACGUUUAAUGAUAAAGAUUCGGCAACUGAUAAUGUUCCUAGACCAUUCUCAUUGACGACGCCUCCGUACGAUAUCGUCUCCUCGAGUAUUGAUAAUAAUGAACCGCGACAAGUUAACACGAGAUUAAAAAACACUGAGACAGUUGUCAAAGAUAAUUAUGAAGUUGGGGACACUAAACAUGAAGGACUGCUGCGGUCUGCACAUACAUUAUUCGAUUUGCCUAAACAAGAAAAAACGCCUGAUUUUAAAAAUAAAUAUGAUUUGUUACAGAGAAUUAAAGUAAAUAAUAAAAAUUUGACUAGAAUCGAACCUGAUGACAAAUUAUUGGUUGAGACAGAGUUAGUUCCUUCGUUGGGAUUCUCGCUUAAUACUGAUGAAGACAGAGAAAAAUUUGCUGAUGCUAUUCUUCAUGGUUUGUUCACAGGCGUUUCGUCAGAUUCAAAUGUCAAGAAGAAAGUGGACGAGGAUUUAAAAAGUUGAAUGUUAUAAUUUUUCUGUUUUUUUUUUUCAGUUGUUAUAUUUAUAUUAUUA